AUUAUUUUUUCCGUUUGAUUAGGUGUCUAUAGUCCAUCAGUGGGACAGGGGAUUGUAUGUAUCUUGCUUGUGAUUACCGGGACUUCUCAAGUACCGCAUCAGCUCAGACUGAUGUCGACAAAACAGGACACCGGGGCACUGCCACGACGCAGUGCCAGAAUCGCAGUUCGUGCCCGCCCUGCAGUACCUCCAAGACCAAAGAAACUCAGCAGACGGACAACUCCAGCAGCAUCAAGUACGGCAUUGACGGUACAAGACGCCACCGGAGAUCAUCCCRCAUACCCAGUCCGAGGAGCCAAUGAGCCCGCGGCUGAUUAUCGUGGGCGGCUACUGGCAUUUUCAGAAGCCGUAGCUGCCGUCGAGGCCCGGAAGGAGAUAGCAGAGGCAGAACGUCAGYGGCUAGCCAAUGAAGCGGCAGCCGAAGCUCAGCGAACGACUGAGACUGACGCAGCGACACGAGACAGACGGAAUGCCAGCAGCACGGAGUCCUUGAUUGCUUGUGAGCAUCAGUGGACGACGGUACUCCAAGACAUGAUCAUUGUGCCUACAGAAGCGCAGGCAGACCCGACAUCGGCGGAGGCAGAGAGAACUAACCAGGCUAACUUGCUGUUGGGCAUGAUGAGAGGUAUUAUGUGGAAUAAUACAUUGCUGCAGUCACAUCUGCGCGUGGACGUGAUGCAGCGACAAACAUACAAGAAUGAUAUGACUACGUUAACCACUGCUAUCCGCACAGAGGCAAUGCAGCAGCAGCAACAGCAUCAACUGUUGAAUUCCACUGUCACACGCGUCAACAGCAUAGAGGCUAACGMMUMAGCAGCGCCAGGCUGCACGACAGACGUGACRAAGCAACUCAACGAGCGCAUCGAUCACGUCGUCACCAUCAUCGGCGACAUAAGUACGUUCACUGGACCAGACUCGAUCAGCAGCACGGUGGCCGCCAUCAAGACGGACCUCACCAAGCUACAGACGAGACCGGAAGCCGCUACAAAGACGUUCAAGAUGCCGCACUUCGACAUCAGCAAGUUCGACGACUACAACAAGUCGGACGCCUUGUCAUGGUGGCAACGCUUCCUCACGGAAGCGUCAUGCCGCAUGGUCCCGGCGGACGACAUGUUGAAGGCAAUAUAUCUGCAGCUGAUUGGGGGAGCGCAGGGAUGGAUGAACCACCUAGCGGCUACACACAAGUGCACUAUCGCCGAACUCCACACGCGCAUUACGUGGAAGGAGUUCGAGCAGCUAUGGUUCACCCGGUUCAUGGUCCGCAACGUCGUGAAGGCGGCCAUGAAUGAGGUGUACACAUGCUCUCAAGGGAACAUGCCAACUCGAGACUGGACAACGAAGUGGCAAAAGAUAGUGACCACAACAGGUUUCGAUUUGACAUUUCCAAAUCAACGAUCCGAGUUCUUCUCGCGAUCAUGCGCAGGAUUGCGGUCGGCACUCGGUAAUGAGUACGACUAUACCACAUUCCAGGCCAUUCUGGAUCGAGCGAACUUGGUCAUCCAAACGGACGACAAGGCCGCUAACGAGAGGCAAUCCCAGCCGCACUAUGUGGCUAAGCAAACCUAUCAACGUCCGGCACAUAACAAUGCCGUAUUUCCUGAAGAAAUCGACGACCACCACGCAGCGGCAGCAUCCUCGAGUGAUGGAGGAAUUGUCGCAGCGCUCCCGCCGAAGCAUCCGAAGAGAGUGCGCAAGAACAAGGCGACACAAGGGACAGCGGCGACGGGAGCUGGGCAGCAGCCAUGGACGACUUAUAAGAUCACCAAAGAGGUCUAUGACCUACGUCAGAACGAAGAGGAACUCGAAGUGCUUCGCGCACAACUCGAUGACCUUCUCGACAAGGGCUGGAUUCGCCCUAGUUGCUCGCCAUACGGUGCACCUGUUCUCUUCGUCCGSAAGAAGAACAAAGAUCUACGGUUAUGCAUCGACUAUCGAAAACUUAGCGCACAAACCGUAAAGAACGCCGGCCCUCUCCCUCGGAUUGAUGAUCUCCUUGAGCGGUUAGGCGGCGCGACGUACUUCUCGAAGUUGGAUCUGAAAGCAGGUUACCACCAGAUUGAAAUCCAGCCUCAAGACCGGUACAAGACCGCGUUCAAGACGCGGUAUGGGCAUUUUGAGUGGGUUGUCAUGCCAUUUGGCCUCACCAAUGCCCCCGCAACGUUUCAAGCAGCGAUGACGACUGAGUUUCGCGACUUGCUCGAUCGCAGCGUCCUCAUCUACCUUGAUGAUAUCUUGGUUUAUAGUAGGACGUUGGACGAGCACAUCGUACACCUUCGCGUUGUUUUGAAUCGUUUGCGACUAGCCAAGUACAAAGCGAAUCUCGACAAGUGAGAAUUCGCCAGGCAAGAGCUUGAGUACUUGGGCCAUUUUGUCACGCCGAAAGGCAUUCGUCCCUUAGCGGACAA